AUUUAUGGACCUGUGAGUUUGCUUAGUGUUCAGACCUGCUGAGCCCCAUCAUCAAACAGGAUGCUGAAGUUUACAGUGCUGUUCCUGGCUUUGUCAGGCCUCAAUGCUGUCCCACUGAGGGAUGAUGUAGUGUCACCCCCUAGGGGUAGACUUCAGGAUAGCAAGGUCUUAAUUCUGCCCCUGAGUGUCCCAGUGGAGGAACGCAGCCAGGGAACCGAACCCUCCAGCCGUUUCCUGAUGGACCUUAAGACCGGCCUGGUCAAAGAACACAUUAGUGAGAUGGAGAGGAGAGUAGGACACAUGUAUCCUUCCUCUGUGGACAAGUUCAGACUGGGUACCAAAAACUCCCAAAACACUCUGGUGGACAUUGGAAGCAGACACAUCAUCGACCAUGUUGGAGAAAUGGUGAGAAGCGUGAGACUGACUCCUCAAGAGCCUGUAGAUGUUCCUGUCCCACUCCCAUUCCAGAGAAGAGUUGGAGGAUGGAUUAGGACUGAUGCUCUGUAUCAAUCUGCUCCAUUGGUGGAGCGCAGACAGGGAACAGAACCUUCCAGGCGCUUCCUCGUAGAUCUGAACACUGGACUGGUCAAAGAACACAUUAGUGAGAUGGACAGGAGAGUGGCGCCAGAGUACAGUCCUAGCUCUGUGGACGAGUUCAGACAGGGAACGGAGAACUCCCGGAAGACUCUGGUGGACAUCAGGACCGGACGCAUCAUCAACCCCAUUGGAGAGAUGGAGAGGAGUGUGAGACUGACACCUGAAGAUGAGAGGCUGUUCAGGCCUGAGUUGGAGAACCUGAGUGCUCCAUUGGCGGAGCGCAGACAGGGAACAGAAACUUCCAGGCGCUUCCUCGUAGAUCUGAACACUGGCCUGGUCAAAGAACACAUUAGUGAGAUGGACAGGAGAGUGGUGCCAGAGUACAGUCCUAGCUCUGUGGACGAGUUCAGACAGGGAACGGAGAACUCCCGGAAGACUCUGGUGGACAUCAGGAACGGACGCAUCAUCAACCCCAUUGGAGAGAUGGAGAGGAGUGUGAGACUGACACCUGAAGAUGAGAGGCUGUUCAGGCCUGAGGUGGAGAACCUGAGUGCUCCAUUGGCGGAGCGCAGACAGGGAACAGAAACUUCCAGGCGCUUCCUCGUAGAUCUGAACACUGGCCUGGUCAAAGAACACAUUAGUGAGAUGGACAGGAGAGUGGUGCCAGAGUACAGUCCUAGCUCUGUGGACGAGUUCAGACAGGGAACGGAGAACUCCCGGAAGACUCUGGUGGACAUCAGGAACGGACGCAUCAUCAACCCCAUUGGAGAGAUGGAGAGGAGUGUGAGACUGACACCUGAAGAUGAGAGGCUGUUCAGGCCUGAGGUGGAGAACCUGAGUGCUCCAUUGGCGGAGCGCAGACAGGGAACAGAAACUUCCAGGCGCUUCCUCGUAGAUCUGAACACUGGCCUGGUCAAAGAACACAUUAGUGAGAUGGACAGGAGAGUGGUGCCAGAGCACAGUCUUUCUUCUAUGGACGAGAUCAGACAAGGAACCGAAAACUCCCAAAAAACUCUGGUGGACAUCAGCAGGGGACACAUCCUCCACCCUGUAGGAGAGAUGGAGAGGAGCAUGAGACUGACACCUGAAGAUCCCAGGCUGAUGAGGGAAGAGGCUGACACACACUCAGAGACCGAGUGUGUCGGAGAGAUCAUCGAUGGCCGUUGCUAUCAGUUCAACCCCAAACCAAUGACCUUCAGCGAAGCAGAGUCCUCUUGCAGAGUUCUGUCCCAACAUGGACACCUGGCCUCCGUAACCAAUAGUGACCUGCAUUCCCGCCUGGUCUCCAUGGUGAAAAAGGCCACCAAAAGUCCCGUUCUCACCUGGCUGGGAGGAAUAGUGAAGGACAAGCAGUCACAGUGGGCUGAUGGAUCCACGUGGGGCUACAGUGACUGGAUGCCUGGUCACCCAGACACACAAACAGACAAGCAGACUUGUUUGGAGAUGUUUAGAAUUGAUGAGAGCUGGUGGACGGCAGUGGACUGUGAACUGAAGAGAGCUUCCAUCUGCUCCUUCCCAAUGGUAGCUUGAGGCCUACUAUUUGUAGACUAAGAAUAAGUAGAAUAGACACUAUAAAAUGGACUUAUCACUUGAUACUACAAUAGCUGUUGCAGACCUGUUGCAGAAAAACCCAAUACAAAAUGAUCUGACUGGUAAUGGUAUCAAGUGUCUCAUCACUAACCAAGUGAUCUCAACACAUGGCAUGUUCACUUUCAUUACACUUCCACCAUAUUGAGUGAGCCAAUAUAAAAAUUUACAGAAUUGUUUUUACAUGACCAUUGCAUAUACUGUUGCAUGAUGU